UCUCUCAAAAUCUGCUCUCAAAAUGUCCGACGCGACGAUGGGCGAGUUUGGUAAGGCGGCUCCCUACCUCAGGAAGUCAGACAAGGAGCGUCUGGAGGCUCAGACCAGGCCGUUCGACAUUAAGACGGAAUGUUUCGUGGUGGACGACAAGGUGGAGUACAUGAAGGGGCAAAUCCAAGGCAAAGAGGGCGGCGCGGUCCAGGUGAAGAAGGAAGACGGCACCACGGUGAGCGUGAAGGAGUCCGACGUCCAUCCGCAGAAUCCCCCUAAGUUCGAUAAGAUCGAAGACAUGGCCAUGUUCACCUUCCUCCACGAGCCGGCGGUGCUUUUCAAUCUGAAGGAGCGCUACGCCGCCUGGAUGAUCUACACCUACUCCGGCCUGUUCUGCGUCACCGUUAACCCCUACAAGUGGCUGCCCGUGUACGACGCAGAGGUGGUGGCGGCUUACAGGGGAAAGAAGAGGACCGAAGCUCCCCCUCAUAUCUUCUCCAUCUCCGACAACGCUUACCAGUACAUGCUGACCGAUCGGGAAAACCAGUCGGUCCUCAUCACCGGAGAAUCCGGUGCCGGCAAGACCGUCAACACCAAGAGAGUCAUCCAGUACUUUGCCAGCAUCGCCGCGGUGGGCGGGGCGGGCAAAAGGGACGCCAGCAAGGGGACGCUGGAGGAUCAGAUCAUUCAGGCCAAUCCGGCUCUGGAGGCUUUCGGCAACGCCAAAACACUGAGGAACGACAACUCGUCCCGCUUCGGAAAGUUCAUCCGGAUCCACUUCGGGACCAGCGGCAAGCUGUCGUCUGCCGACAUCGAGACGUACCUGCUGGAGAAGUCCCGCGUCACCUUUCAGCUCAAAGCCGAGAGGAACUACCACAUCUUCUACCAGAUCCUCUCCAAUCGGAAACCGGACCUGCUGGAUCUGCUGCUGAUCACCAACAACCCCUACGACUACUCCUACAUCUCCCAGGGCGAGGUCACGGUGGCCUCUAUCGACGACUCCGAGGAGCUGAUGGCCACGGACAGCGCUUUCGACGUGCUGGGCUUCACCCCCGAGGAGAAGGCGGGCGUCUACAAGCUGACGGGCGCCAUCAUGCACUACGGCAACCUAAAGUUUAAGCAGAAGCAGCGGGAGGAGCAGGCCGAGCCCGACGGGACGGAGGCGGCCGAUAAGUCGGCUUACCUGAUGGGCCUCAACUCCGCCGAUCUCAUCAAGGGCCUGUGCCACCCCCGGGUGAAGGUGGGGAACGAGUACGUGACCAAAGGUCAGAGCGUAGACCAGGUCUACUACGCCAUCGGCGCCCUGGCCAAGUCGGUCUACGAGAAAAUGUUCAACUGGAUGGUGGUCCGGAUCAACCAGUCGCUGGACACCAAGCAGCACCGCCAGUACUUCAUCGGCGUGCUGGACAUUGCCGGCUUCGAGAUCUUCGAUUUCAACACCUUCGAGCAAUUGUGCAUCAACUUCACCAACGAGAAACUGCAGCAGUUUUUCAACCACCACAUGUUCGUUCUGGAACAAGAGGAGUACAAGAAGGAGGGGAUCGACUGGGAGUUCAUCGACUUUGGCAUGGACCUGCAGGCAUGCAUAGACCUCAUAGAGAAACCGCUCGGGAUCAUGUCCAUUCUGGAGGAAGAAUGCAUGUUCCCCAAAGCCAGCGACCAGACCUUCAAGUCCAAGCUCUACGACAAUCAUCUGGGCAAGAACAAAAUGUUUGAGAAGCCCCGGGCCGCCAAGGGCAAAGCGGAGGCCCAUUUCGCCCUGGUCCAUUACGCCGGCACCGUGGACUACAACAUCACAAACUGGCUGGUGAAGAACAAAGAUCCGCUCAACGAAACGGUGGUGGGUCUCUACCAGAAGUCAUCCCUCAAGCUUCUCAGUCAGUUGUUUUCCAGCUAUGCGGGCGCCGACGGCGCAGACAAAGGCGGCAAAGGAGCCAAGAAGAAGGGGUCGUCCUUCCAGACAGUGUCGGCCCUUCACAGGGAGAACCUCAACAAGCUGAUGACCAAUCUGAAGACCACGCAUCCGCACUUUGUGCGCUGCCUGAUUCCCAACGAGCGAAAGACUCCGGGAGUAAUGGACAACUGUCUGGUGAUGCAUCAGUUGCGGUGCAACGGCGUUCUGGAAGGCAUCCGAAUUUGCAGGAAGGGUUUCCCCAACCGCGUCCUCUACGGAGACUUCAAGCAGAGGUACCGAAUCCUCAACGCUUCCGCCAUUCCCGAGGGUCAGUUCAUUGACAGCAAGAAGAGCGCAGAGAAGCUGCUCUCGUCCCUAGACAUCGACCACACGCAGUACAAGUUCGGCCACACCAAAGUCUUUUUCAAAGCCGGCCUCCUGGGGACGCUGGAGGAGAUGAGAGAUGAGCAGCUCUCUCGGAUUAUUACCAGAAUCCAGGCCAACGCUCGCGCACUCCUCAUGAGGGCCCAGUUUGCCAAGCUAGUGGAGCGCAGGGACGCUCUCAUGGUCGUCCAGUGGAACCUCCGCUCUUUCCUGAGCGUCAAGAACUGGCCGUGGAUGAAGCUCUUCUUUAAGAUCAAACCCCUGCUCAAGAGUGCAGAGUCCGAGAAGGAGAUGGCCAACAUGAAGGACGAGUUCAACAAGCUGAAGGAGGCUCUGGAGAAAUCGGAAACGCGCCGCAAAGAAAUGGAGGAGAAGAUAGUGACUCUCCUUCAAGAGAAGAACGAUUUGGCCCUUCAAAUUCAGUCCGAGCAAGACACGCUCACCGAUGCCGAGGAACGGUGCGAGCAGCUCAUCAAGAGCAAAAUUCAACUGGAGGCGAAGCUCAAGGAGAUCAACGAGAGACUGGAGGACGAGGAGGAACUGAACGCCGACCUCACCGCCAAGAAACGCAAGCUGGAAGACGAGUGCUCCGAGUUGAAGAAAGACAUUGACAACCUCGAGCUGACGUUGGCUAAAGUUGAGAAAGAGAAGCACGCCACAGAGAAUAAAGUGAGGAACCUGACCGAAGAGAUGGCCUCCCAGGACGAGAAUAUCCUGAAGCUGACCAAGGAGAAGAAAGCUCUGCAGGAGGCUCACCAGCAGACGCUGGAUGACCUUCAGAGUGAGGAAGACAAAGCCAACGGCCUGAACAAAUCCAAGGUCAAGCUGGAGCAGCAGGUGGACGACCUGGAGGGCUCCUUGGAACAGGAAAAGAAGCUCCGAAUGGAGCUGGAGCGCUCCAAGAGGAAGCUGGAAGGGGACAUCAAGCUAACACAGGAGAGCUUGAUGGAUUUAGAAAAUGACAAGCAGCAGCUGGAGGAGAAGCUGAAGAAAAAGGACUUUGAGACAGCGCAGAUUGCGUCCAGACUAGAGGACGAGCAAGUGGCCUCGGGGCAGCUUCAGAAGAAACUGAAGGAAAACCAGGCGAGAAUCGAGGAACUGGAGGAGGAGCUGGACGCCGAGCGCGCGGGGCGAGCCAAAGUGGAGAAGCAGCGCUCCGACCUUUCCCGAGAGCUGGAAGACCUCAGCGAACGUCUGGAGGAGGCGGGCGGGGCAUCUUCGGCGCAGGUGGAGCUCAACAAGAGGAGAGACGCCGAGUUCCUCAAGCUGCGUCGAGAGCUGGAGGAGUCCACCCUACGACAUGAGGCUACAUCCGCCGCGCUAAGGAAGAAGCACGCCGACAGCGUGGCUGAGCUGGGCGAGCAGAUCGACAACCUCCAGCGGGUCAAGCAGAAACUCGAGAAAGAAAAAAGCGAGCUGAAGCUCGAGCUGGACGACUUGGCCUCCAGCGUGGAGAGCAUGGCCAAGAACAAAUCCAACGUGGAAAAGAUCAGCCGAUCAAUGGAGGACGGCAUGACGGAGUACAAGAGCAAGUACGAGGAGGCGCAACGCGCCGUCAACGACCUGACCACCCAGAGGGCUAAGCUCCUCGCCGAGAAUGGCGAGUUGGGACGGCAGAUGGAGGAGAAGGACUGCUUGAUCUCGCAGCUCACCAGAGGUAAGAACUCGUACAACCAGCAGGUAGAAGACCUCCGCAGACAACUGGAGGAGGAGGUCAAGGCCAAGAACGCGCUGGCGCACGCCGUACAGUCGGCGCGCCACGACUGCGAUCUCCUCCGAGAGCAGUUCGAAGAGGAGCAGGAAGCCAAGGCCGAGCUGCAAAGGGCGCUGUCCAAAUCCAACGCCGAGGUCUCGGCAUGGAGGAACAAGUACGAAACCGACGCUAUCCAGAGAACCGAGGAGCUGGAGGAAGCCAAGAAGAAGCUGGUUCAGAGACUACAAGAGGCCGAGGAGGCCGUCGAAGCUGCCAAUGCCAAAUGUUCCUCGCUGGAGAAGACCAAGCACAGGCUCCAAAAUGAGAUCGAGGACCUCAUGCUGGACCUGGAGAGGUCCAACGCUGCGUCUGCCUCGCUGGAUAAAAAGCAACGGGCUUUUGACAAAGUCCUGGCAGAGUGGAAGCAAAAGUUUGAGGAGUCCCAGUGUGAGCUGGAGGCUUCCCAGAAGGAGGCGCGGACCCUCAGCACCGAACUCUUUAAACUGAAAAACGCGUACGAGGAAUGCCUGGACCAUCUGGAGACGGUGAAAAGAGAGAACAAGAACCUGCAGGAGGAAGUCUCUGACUUAAACGACCAGCUCGGAGAAGGUGGAAGGAGCGCUUGCGAACUGGAGAAGAUGCGGAAGCAGCUGGAGCAAGAAAAGACGGAGCUGCAGUCGGCGUUGGAGGAGGCGGAAGGAUCCCUGGAGCACGAAGAGAGCAAGAUCCUACGAGCCCAGCUGGAGUUUAACCAAGCCAAAGCCGAACUGGAGCGGAAAGUGGCGGAGAAAGACGAGGAAAUGGAGCAGGCCAAGAGAAACUACCAACGCGUGGUGGACUCGCUGCAGUCCUCUCUGGAGUCGGAGACCAGGAGCCGCAACGAAGCGCUGCGAGUGAAAAAGAAGAUGGAGGGCGACCUCAACGAGAUGGAGAUCCAGCUAAGCCAGGCCAACAGGCAAGCGGCCGACGCCCAGAAACAACUCAAGAACCUCCAGGUCUUCUUGAAGGACGCCCAGUUGCAACUGGACGACACGCAGCACGGGAACGACGAACUGCGCGAGAACGUGGCCGUCCUAGAACGUCGGAACAACUUGAUCCAGGCCGAGCUGGAGGAAGCGAGGGCCGCGCUGGAGCAGACGGAGCGAAGUCGCAAGCUGGCCGAGCAGGAACUGAGCGACUCGGCCGAGCGCGCGCAGCUCCUGCACACUCAGAACACCGGCUUGAUCAACCAGAAGAAGAAGCAGGAGGCCGACAUCCUCCACCUGCAGAACGAAAUGGAGGAGGCGCUCCAGGAGAAUCGCAACGCCGAGGAAAAGGCCAAGAAGGCGAUCACCGACGCGGCCAUGAUGGCCGAAGAGCUGAAGAAGGAGCAGGACACCAGCGCCCACCUGGAGCGCAUGAAGAAAAACAUGGAACAGACCAUCAAAGACCUCCAGCACCGCCUGGACGAGGCCGAGCAGAUCGCUAUGAAAGGCGGCAAGAAACAGCUCCAGAAACUGGAGCUUCGCAUCAAAGACCUGGAGAACGAGCUGGAGGCGGAGCAGCGCAGAGGAAUCGAGUCCCUCAAGGGCGUGCGCAAGUACGAGCGGCGCAUGAAGGAGCUGGCCUACCAGACCGAGGAAGACCGCAAAAACGUGGCAAGACUCCAGGACCUGGUGGACAAGCUGCAGCUCAAAGUCAAAGCCUACAAACGCGCCGCCGAGGAGGCCGAGGAGGCGGCCGGCGCCAACCUGGCCAAAGUGCGUAAGCUGCAACACGAGCUGGAAGAAGCGCAGGAGAGAGCCGACGCGGCCGAGACGCAGGUCAACAAGCUGAGGGCAAAGACCAGAGACGGGGGCGCCAAGAAGAACCUGGACGACUGAACGUGCUAGCAUGCUAACAUGUGUUUUGCAUUCAAGCUAAUCUUUUGUUGUUUUCUUCUUGAUAUGGCUUAUUUUUGUUUUUCACCGAGAUGGCAAAAUCACCAACAGUACUAGUUAUGGCUUGAUAUCAAUAUGCUAAUAAAUGUUCAGUUAGCACUUACAGUUAGCGCGGCUUCUGAAAAUCUCACAAAGGACGUUGUACUGCUUUUCACAAUUAAAUCCAAUUGAAUUUA